GACCCAUUUCAGUUGCAGAGGAAGUUUAACCCGCUUCGUUCAACGCCAUUUUCUUGAGAUUUUUUCUUGCUGCUGCUUCUGAUGUUGUAAUCGAUGGAAUUGAGACUGGGUGAUCUGCAUAAGAACGGAGGCGGCGAUAGCACCGGUAGAGGCAAAGCCUCCGGAGUCUGGACGGAUUCCGGCAGAGCUUCUGCAAGCAGCAGCAGCAGAGUGUAGGGUUUUCCCACUACCUGCGUUUUCUUCCAGAUCCUUCCCAGGGCACGCAGCAGCAACGACCAAUGACCAUGACCAGCAAAGAUCUAUUUUUUUUCUCUCUUAACUUGAUUAAUCAAAAUUGAUGUGGGUUUUUUUUAUUGGGUUUAGGUCGAAACAACCUCAAAAGAAGAAUAAAAAACGGCAGAGAGAACCGAGAUUUGUGUUCAUGACGAAAAACAAUCUUGAUCAUCUGGAAUAUGAUACAGAUGGAGAAAUUACGGAAAAAAAGCUGUGAAAAAUAGCUCUUUUCCAAGUAAAGAAGCUGGUGAAGCGCAAAAACGUCUCCCCUAGACAAGGUUCUCCGGCUGAUGAAAUCAAUGGAUAAUGAUGCAGGAAUUACUAUCGUUGCACCACUGUUUCAUGCGGAGUGAAGAAGAGAAAACCCUAGUCUCUGCUGCUGUUGCUUGGUUGUGUUUGGUUGCAUAAUUCAUUGGAGAGUCUUUCCAGUGAACACGGUUCUCUGUGUUUUUAAACCGUUCGGUUGUUUUAAAAGAGAAUUACAAAAAUCGGGCAACAUUCUUCAUCUCGUCGACGCUACCGCCCAUGGCCAGAGUUCAACACCGACGCUGAAGCCAGACCUACCUCCUUGCUCUUCCCAUCGCUGCUCUGCUGUUCAGAUUUGGAGUUCCCCUUUCUCUACUAGAUUCAACCUCUUCUUCUCCAACGUUCCAAUCAACUUCGGAUUUCUCAUCUUCUCUUUUGAGUACUGGCUUAUUGUUCAGAUUCAACCUCAACUUCGGAUUUCUUAUCUCAAUUAUUUGGGAAAUAAGAACAACCAGAUUUUUUUUUGGGGAGCAAAAGAAAACUUCACAAUUCCCAAGAGGAAUUUUUAAUUUCAAAUUCUCUUGGGUGAAGACAUACCAAGUGUAAAGAGAAAUUCUUCAUCUAAGAAAAAUGUACACUUUUUGUACAUUUUUCUUUUCUUCACUUGGCUACCAAACACAGCCUACUUACAAGAUGAAUUCUUCCGCGAGAUACUCAGUUGGGCUGUUCGAUGGUGUAUGACACAUGGAAAUGCUCCUAAUCCCAACUUGGCUUUGUGCUUCGGGGUGAGACCUCUUUGGAGUGAAAUUCCCGACUUUGAAAUGCUUUUUCAGGGGUUGCUGGACUUGGGCCCUUCCUUCACUCUACAUAUUAAUAACUUGGAAAUGAUAAUACAGAUUAGUACACCUACUUUGACUCAGAGGUUUAUGGGUUGGGACCUAUUUCCCUUUGAAGCUCUUGCUUCUGUUUCUGUGCCUACCAUUUAUGAAAAAAUUGACUAUCUAUGCUAGCAGCCCAACUCCGGCUAAUACCAACACAUCUCCUUCGAGCUAUUCUCUAGUCACAUCUGGGAAUGCCCUUCUCUUGCGAUAAUUCAUGAGUUCGAAGUAGAAUCUUUUGCUGCAGCCACCUCCUUCUAUGUUUGACGUUAUUCGCGCGGUCUCACGGGGGGCCCCACUAGGCUCAGUUUCGGCUGUUCCUGCAAAGGUUGUCCCAUCCUGGCGAAAGUGAAAAUGAUAUACCAGGCUUAGGACAUUGUGGCAUAGUGGACCCUCACUACAGGGGUAGGCGGGCGGGCUCAGGACAUUCACCGAUUGGGGCUAUAUUUCAAAGAAUGGUUAUCUUUUUUCAGGUCACUACUGCAUAAUAUGCUCCAAUGCUACCUCACCGAUGCUGUGGACAUGUCCCGUGCCAAGUAAAAAGGGCCUUGAGUGUGUGUCUUCCUGUUCAUUUCAUCAAAGGGUCUCCAAGCAAGCGGAGACCAUUUUUGGGCUCUCUUCAAUUUAAUUCCUCAUCAUGUGCUCUGAAGAUCAUUGAAGAACACUCAACAGUUGGUAACGCUUCAGAGGAUAUGGCAGUUUCUGGUCUUUUGGUGCCUCUUAGCCCAUCAUCAAGUUCGCUACUUCAGUUUGCUAGAAGUCCUCAAAGAAGAGGCAGAGCAUUAGUGGAUUCUAGUAAAAGAAAUCUGUCGAUUACAGGUGCUCUCGGGAUUGUUGAAAUGGAAUCUGUAAGGGGAUCUGGGAGGACUUUAGCUAGGUCCCCUAUGAAAGUUACGCAUUCAGAUUGUGAGCAGAUGCUGAGAAAGUAUUCAGGGUUGCUGCAGGUUUGUGCUUCAAAAGGGUUUCUUAUUGAUGGAAUGGCAGUUCAUGGGCAUGUGGUCAAGAUAGGGGUAGUCCCAGAUUCUCACUUGUGGAAUUGCUUGGUCAACAUGUAUGCAAAAUGUGGGAGGCCCCAAAAUGCUCGCCAGAUACUCGAAGAAAUGCCUGACAGAGAUGUUGUGUCUUGGACUGCACUGAUUGCGGGGUAUGUUGCACAUGGUGAUGGCAGUGAAGGUGUGUGUUUGUUCUUAGAGAUGCGAAGAGAUGGUGUUUGGCCCAAUGCAUUUGCCUUUGCUACUGGUUUGAAAGCUUGUUCGAUGUGUUUCGCAUUAGAUUUUGGGAAGCAAGUUCAUGGGGAAGUAAUUAAAGUUGGAAAUUUUUCAGAUAUAUUUGUUGGGUCUGCUCUCAUUGAUCUUUAUGCAAAAUGUGGUGAGAUGGAACUUGCAAGAAAAGUUUUCCUUCUGAUGCCUGAGUGCAACUCUGUUUCAUGGAAUGCAUUGCUCUGUGGUUAUGCUCAGAUAGGUGAAGGAGAAGAGGUUUUGAAGCUGUUCCAAAAAAUGACGGAAUCAGAACCGAGGCUCAGCAAUUUCACUUUGUCCACUGUUCUCAAGGUUUGUGCAACCUCAGUAAAUGCAAGAAUAGGUAAGGCAGUUCAUUCCUUGGCAGUCAAGAUUGGGUCUGAUAAUGAUUGGUUUCUAACUAGUGGUCUAGUUGAUAUGUACUCCAAGUGUGGGCUGGCAGAGGAUGCUUACAAGGUCUUUGUUAGGAUCAAAGAUCCCGAUGUGGUGGCAUGGAGCUCAAUGAUUUCUUGUUUCAAUCAUCAAGGACAAAACUACGAAGCAGCAGAGUUAUUUGGUGAUAUGGCUCGAUCUGGUGUUAUGCCAAACCAAUUUACACUGGCUAGCCUCAUUAGCAUUGCCACUGAUCUUGGCGAUUUGCAAUUUGGCAAGAGCAUCCAUGCUAGCAUAUGGAAAUUUGGAUAUGGGCUUGAUAAUUUAAUUUCCAAUGCUCUAGUGACAAUGUACAUGAAAAAUGGGUCUGUGGAAGAUGGUUAUAAGGUGUUUGAGUCUAUGACAGAUUGGGAUUUAGUUUCUUGGAAUGCUCUUCUAUCAGGAUUCCAUGAUGGUAAUGCUUGUGAUCAGGGACCAACAUUAUUUAAGCAGAUGUUCAUAGAAGGUUUUAAGCCAAAUAUGUACACUUUUAUUAGCAUCCUGAGGUCUUGCACUAGCUUAUCUAGUGUAGGAUUUGGGCAGCAAGUACAUGGACAUAUCAUUAAGAACAGCCUCAAUGGUGAUGGUUUUGUGGGAACAGCUCUUGUUGACAUGUAUGCCAAAAGUGGAUGCUUGGAGGAUGCUCAAUUGGUUUUCAAAAGGAUGAAACAGAGAGAUCUCUUCACCUGGACAGUAAUAAUCACUGGGUGUGCACAGACUGACCAAGGGGAGAAGGCCAUUGAGAUCUUCUGCCAAAUGCAGAGAGAAGGUGUUUGCCCCAAUGAGUUCACAUUUGCAAGCUGUUUGAGAGGUUGCUCCAGCAUAGCAGCUCUAGUUAAUGGCCAGCUGCUCCAUUCCCUGAUCAUUAAAGCUGGUCAUUCAGAUGAUAUGUUUGUUAUGAGUGCACUUGUCGAUAUGUAUGGAAAAUGUGGAUGCAUAGAGGAUGCAGAAGCUCUAUUCAGUGAUUCGGCUUCUCGGGAUACAGUCUCUUGGAACACAAUCAUUUGUGGUUAUGCACAACAUGGGCAUGUUGGGAAGGCCCUCAAAGCCUUUCAAAGUAUGUUAAAUGAAGGCAUCAGGCCUGAUGAAGUUACCUUCCUUGGUGUUCUUUCAGCUUGUAGUCAUGGUGGUUUAAUUGAAGAAGGACAACAGUACUUUCAUUUAUUGAAAAAGGUUUAUGAAAUUACUCCAACAGUCGAGCAUUAUGCUUGUAUGGUGGAUAUACUUGGUCGGGCUGGUAAACUUGAUGAGGUUGAAAGCUUUAUAGAGAAAAUGAAUCUCACAACUAGUGCAUUGAUUUGGCAGACAGUUCUCGGGGCUUGUAAGAUGCAUGGAAAUGUAGGACUCGGGGAAAAAGCAGCAAAGAAACUCUUUGAGAUUGAACCAAAGACAGACUCUAGUUAUAUUUUAUUAUCAAACAUUUAUGCAUCUAAAAGAAGGUGGGAUGAUGUUGCGAUGAUUAGAACAUUAAUGUCUACUCAAGGUGUGAAAAAGGAACCUGGGUGUAGUUGGGUGGAGGUUUCCGGCCAGGUUCAUGUCUUUUUGUCGAAAGAUGUUUCACAUCCGAAGGUCAAAGAAAUCUACAUGAAAUUGGUGGAAUUGCACCUAAAACUUAGUUUGGCAGGGUAUAUUCCAAACACUAAAAAUGUUCUUCAUGAUGUUGAUGAGAGAGAACAAAAGGAAAGCCUUAUUUAUCAUAGUGAAAGACUUGCGUUUGCUUUUGCCCUUUUGAGUAUGAGACCUGGAAGACCAAUCCGGAUUUUUAAGAACCUUCGUAUUUGUGGAGAUUGUCAUGAUGUUUUCAAGCUCAUCUCAAACAUCACAAAUGCAACAAUUGUUAUCCGUGAUGUUAGUCGUUUCCACCACUUUCAAAGUGGUUCUUGUUCUUGUCGAGAUUACUGGUGACCCCAUUACGCAGAGAUGAAAGUGAAUUGUUGAGGCAACAUCAUGCGGUGAGGCUGAAGCAAAGCUGCUUAUUCAUUAGAAAUUCUUCAGAAAUUGAAGCCCAAGGCCAACCUUCUUUUUUAUGCUCUGGUAAAUGCUGGAGCCUCCUAAAGGAUGUAGCUUCUUAGAUGGUCUGGAGGUCCAUGCUAAAUCCUUAUCAAAAAGUUGUUGGAAGGCAGUGAUUACUUCUGGCACUCUACCCUUUGAGUCUUUGACGUUUCUUUUCUUCAAACGUGCAGCACCAUUCAUACUUGAUGAGGAGAAGAUGGUAAAGGAGCAAUUUUAGGACUACUCAAGGGUAUUCAGCUGGCAAAAUACAUGAUUGUGCCCACCUUUUUCCAAGUAAAAUAUGUUCUUUCAAAAAAAUAUGUAACACAUGCAUCCAUGCAACCAAAUAAGAGGUUCUGGGAAGACCACAACUUGUACAAAGUAAGCAUAUUAUCAUAAAAAAAAGGGCUGGAAACCUGCUCUAGUUUGUGCAGAUACAUUUAGGGCUGUUGCCUUUGACCAGUUGAAGCAGAAUGCAACUAAAGCUAAGAUCCCAUUUUAUGG